AAGUUAGUCUCAAACAGCGACAAAAAUCCAGCCGGUCGGCCGCAAACUCCGAGGCGCUCUGUGAUUUUCCGAAUUUUCCGGACACCCUUCCAAGUCGUUCGCAUUUUCGCCAGUUGAAAUCUCCGGAAAAUUGCACAUUUCACCGACGACGUUGAAUCCGACCGGUUUUUUUAAGCUGUCAAGGGUGUCCGGGGGUGUUUCGGGGGCGGGGGCGGCCGGAAUUUCGGUUUUGACCCCCGUGCGUGCGUCCGGCGCGAGGGCCUCCAUCCGGCGCUCGCUUUGGCUCCGCCCUCGGUGGAUGCCGAGACGGAGGCAAGAAGGGCGAGCGGAUCAGUCGCCUCUGGUACUUCGAGAGGGGCAGGACGGUGAGAGUGCGCGAGUGCUCGACUCGGACACGAUGCUGUGAAUCGGCCUCUCGCCGACAUGAACCCUUUCGGACAUAGACUUUUAUAUAGCUGUGCCGGCACUUUUUGCAAGAUGCUUGUGAUACUUUUAUUCACAAUUGCCAGCGUCGGGCACAGUUUAGAGGUGGACAAAGAAGUUAACUCCUCGUCCGUAGCAAUAAGGCAAACUAGACAAGUAAAUCUCCGAGAAUUGUGCGGCGGAGGCGGGCCGCGAUGUUACGCAGAGAAAGGGUCAAUGGGUCCACCAGGACUAUCAGGACUUUCAGGUGAAAAGGGACAGCAAGGUUACCCUGGAAUGGAAGGGCUACCAGGCCCUAAAGGUGAUAAGGGAGACUCAGGUCCGCAGGGACCUCGAGGUCCUAAAGGUGACCGAGGUAAAAUGGGGAUGCCCGGUUUUCCCGGAAUCAACGGUGUACCUGGUGUCCAGGGCCCUCAGGGUGCUCAGGGACUGCCCGGCCUUGACGGCUGCAACGGAACAGACGGAGCACCUGGUCUGCCUGGCUUUAAUGGUGAACCCGGUCCUCGGGGCAUUCCUGGUGUCCCAGGUCCCAAAGGUGACAAAGGAGAAGCAGCUCGCACAGGCACCCAUCAGAAAGGCCAAAAGGGCGAACCAGGGUUCGAGGGCCGAGCUGGAUUACCCGGUCCUCAGGGUAUGCAAGGCCCAACUGGCGUGCCUGGUGUGAAGGGAGACCUUGGCUCGCCUGGACCCGUAGGACCACUUGGUCAAAAGGGUCAGAAAGGAGCAAUGGGCAUAGGAAUUUACGGUGGACCAGGAGAUAAGGGGGACAAGGGUGAGCCUGGCCCCCCUGGUACUUUUCAAAUUCAACCCGAAGGACCUCGUGAUAGCAUUAACUUUACCAUUGGCCCCCAAGGAGAACGGGGAGAAAAAGGAGAAAGAGGUGAAUUUGGUAUACAAGGCGCCGCAGGUGGACCAGGUCCUGUAGGUGAAACAGGAAGAUUAGGUGAGGUUGGCAUGAAGGGCGAAAAAGGUUUGCCAGGCCCACCUGGUCCUCGAGGUCGUGAUGGCCUUCCUGGACCUUUGGGCCCUCACGGUCAAAAAGGUGACCGUGGAAUGGAGGGAAUCCCUGGUCUGCCUGGUCGAGUUGGUCUCAAAGGCGAGCCAGGUCUAGACGGUUCUGAUGGGCCUCGAGGUCUGACGGGUCCUCCUGGUCCGCCUGGUGGUGGUAAAGGGCGUCCUGGUCCACCUGGGCCGCAGGGACCUAGAGGCUACCCAGGUUCUCCAGGCCCUAAAGGAUUGGAUGGCUUCCCCGGAGAGCCAGGGCUACGAGGACCAAUGGGACCCAAAGGUGGCACCGGAAUACCUGGCCUGAUUGGUCCUGAAGGCUUCCCAGGUGAAAAGGGUAGUAAAGGCGAGGCUGGGCUGCAAGGGUUUCCAGGUCUUGUCGGCCCUAGAGGUUUUCAGGGAACACCUGGUCCACCUGGUCCUCGAGGGUCACCAGGCGAAAGAGGAAACUCAAUUGAGGGACCUCGUGGUAUAGAUGGUUUACCUGGCAGAGACGGUGAAAAGGGCUCGAAGGGAGAGAAAGGCUAUCGAGGACCGCCUGGCACUCCUGGAGAUUCAAAAUUAGGAACCCCUGGAAUUCCUGGUGUUCCGGGUCCUAAAGGUGAUGCUGGUAGGGACGGAAGACCUGGCCAACCUGGCCCUCAAGGUUUGCCUGGUGAUAAAGGUGAUAUUGGAGGUCGUUGCAGUGACUGCAGACCGGGUUCAAAGGGAGAAAAGGGCUCAGAGGGAAGUCCUGGUUUCCCAGGUUUACAAGGCGCACGUGGACCACCUGGAGAAAGGGGGCACCCUGGAGAACGGGGAGACCAAGGCGAUGUAGGACCCAGAGGUCAAGAUGGUUUGCCGGGUAAAGAUGGAUUGCAAGGCUAUAUUGGUGCACCUGGAUCUCCAGGAAGAGAUGCGAUGAUCACGGACAGUAAUAUUUUGGAAAUAAAGGGAGAUCGAGGACCACCAGGUGAAUUUGGGCCAGCUGGUCCGAAGGGAGACAGAGGAUUCCCAGGGCAGCCAGGAUUACCCGGUCAAGUGGGUUUCCCGGGUGUUAAAGGCGAUAAGGGAGAGCGCGGUUUCCCUGGAAAUGAUGGCAUAAACGGACGACCUGGUACUUCUGGAAUCAAGGGCGAUAAAGGCUUCAGCAUUACCGGGCCUCAAGGACCUAUAGGCAACACCGGCAAAUCUGGUGAUAAAGGAGACAUGGGUCUUCAAGGUAUUCCAGGAGAGCCUGGCGCCUGUCCAUCACCAGAAACUAUAGCCCAGCAGUUAAAAGGCGAAAAAGGAUCUCAAGGCCAAGAAGGUGCUUCAGGUCCACCAGGUCCCCCUGGGCCUUCUGGCUCUAAGGGUGAUAGAGGAUCAGAUGGUUUUCCUGGUGCUGUGGGACCUCCUGGAAACCCAGGCCCAGUUGGUCCUCGAGGUCUGCCAGGCAUAAGAGGAAUAAAGGGUGACAGAGGGCCAAUGGGCUUUCCAGGAGAUAACGGGAAGGAUGGGAUUCCCGGCCAGCCAGGAUUUAGGGGAGAUAAAGGUUCAAAGGGCGAAUCAGGUAUUCCAGGUGUCGGUCCACCAGGCCCUAUUGGUCUUGAUGGACCUAGGGGUGAAAAAGGUCUUCCCGGUCUAGGAGGCAAAAAUGGCGCCAACGGUCUACAGGGUCCUCCAGGAUUACCGGGUGAAAAAGGAGAUACCGGAAUUCCUGGGCUGCCAGGUCUGACAGGUUCUGACGGUCUCAAGGGUGAACCUGGACCUUUUGGUCCACCAGGUUUACCUGGUCCUGUAGGUCUGGACGGUAUGCCAGGGUCAAAAGGCGAGCCUGGACUUCCGGGAGAAUCGGGUCGUCAAGGUCUUCCAGGUUUUCCUGGUCAGAAGGGAGACGCAGGUGUGCCUGGAGUAGAAGGACCUCGUGGAUACCCUGGUCCUAGAGGGCUGCCAGGUCUUGUGGGAAUACCUGGAAUGGACGGUUCACCAGGUCUGAAGGGUGACAAGGGCGAGAGAGGAUUCGAUGGAAUCCCUGGUGUAGACGGUCGGCCAGGUUUAGAGGGUCAAAGUGGUCCUAUUGGUCCGAAAGGUGAUAUAGGAAUCAUGGGACCGCCUGGAAUACCUGGUUUACCAGGAAUUGACGGAAUGAAAGGUGAACGCGGCUUCCCCGGAAUACCAGGUCAAAAGGGUACAGCGGGUCAAGUUUCGGAAAAAGGUCAAAAGGGAGAGCCUGGUCCUCCAGGCGUUCAAGGGCCACCAGGAACACCUGGGUUCGACGGUCGACCAGGAAUAAAGGGUGAACCAGGGCGGCCAGCAGUUGGCCUGCCUGGUCUAGAAGGGCCUAAGGGAGAUGCUGGAAUUCCAGGCCGGCCAGGUGCUAAUGGAAUUCCAGGAGAAAAGGGUACCGCAGGACUACAGGGCUUCCCUGGAAUGAAGGGGGAUAAGGGGGAGAGAGGAACGUAUGGCUCGCCAGGAGCACCAGGCGUUGACGGAAUUGAUGGGGAUAAAGGUGAUCUUGGAUUUGAGGGCCCACAGGGCUAUCCUGGAGAAAAGGGGGACAAAGGUCAGCCUGGAAUGUCUGGUUUAGAGGGCCUAAAGGGCGAACUUGGCUCCCCAGGUUUGCCUGGUUUGCCCGGUGUGCAGGGAGAGCGGGGUGACAAAGGUGACAGGGGACCAUCAGGUCCAACUGUUGACGUCAAAGGAGAGAAAGGCGAGCCAGGACGUCCAGGUGCAAAAGGAUAUUUAGGGCAGAAGGGUGACAUGGGACUUGAUGGUCUACCAGGCCUUAGGGGAGAAAGAGGUCUUGACGGACCAUCAGGACCUCCAGGCCUUCCCGGUGCAGCUGGGCUUCCAGGCAUGAAAGGCGAUAUAGGUGACCCUGGAGUCCAGGGUUUACCUGGAAUGACUAUCAAAGGAGAAAAAGGCCUUCCUGGUCUUUCAGGAAAGCAUGGCCGUGAGGGGCCUCCUGGCUUGCAAGGAAUUAAAGGAGACAAUGGCUUACCUGGGCUGCCUGGUGUUCAAGGCCCACCUGGUUUACCUGGCCCAGUUGGUCUGCAAGGAAUGAAGGGAGACCGAGGUUUUCCUGGUGUUCAAGGUCCACCUGGUUUGGAUGGACCUCCUGGUAUGAAAGGAAAUAUGGGUCUAGCUGGUGUCCCUGGUAUGAAGGGAGACUCUGGUCCCCCUGGUAUUUUUGGUGCUCAGGGACCAAAAGGAGAAAGAGGAUUAUCAGGUUUGCCCGGACGUGACGGCUUAAAUGGAGAAAAAGGAGAUGCCGGUCAAGACGGAACACCUGGACAAGUUGGCUGGCCCGGAGCUAAAGGAGAUCGAGGUUUUCCAGGCCUUCCUGGUGUGGCUGGUUUAAAAGGAGAUAAGGGUUCGACUGGUCCACAAGGUGUGCCUGGUUUUGUUCCACCUAUAAAUAUUGCGAAACCCGGAGAAAAGGGGAUGAUUGGUGAGCAAGGCUAUCCUGGACAACGGGGUGAUAAAGGUGAUCGUGGGUUUGAUGGACUGCCUGGACCGAAAGGAGAGAGAGGUGAUCCCGGCCGAAAUGGUUCGCCUGGCCCCAUGGGACCACCAGGUCAAAAGGGUGACGCUGGUAUUGAUGGUAUUCCUGGUCGAAAUGGACUUGACGGUUUGCCUGGUAUUUCGGGCUUGCCUGGACAGCCGUGUGAAACCACCCCUGACUAUAUGACUGGAAUUUUAUUAGUCAAACACAGCCAAAGCUCUCAAGUGCCUCUGUGUGAACCUGGACAUGUCAAGCUGUGGGAUGGUUACAGCUUGCUCUACAUCGAAGGAAACGAAAAAGCCCACCACCAAGACUUAGGAUUUGCUGGAUCCUGUGUUAAGAAAUUCUCAACUAUGCCGUUCCUAUUCUGCGACUUCAACAAUGUCUGCAAUUACGCUAGCAGAAACGACAAAUCUUACUGGCUGAGCACUACGGCUCCUAUACCCAUGAUGCCUGUUAUGGAAUCAGAAAUAAAAAAAUACAUUUCAAGAUGUGCCGUGUGUGAAGUUCCAGCAAAUGUGAUGGCUGUCCACUCGCAGUCGAACAACAUUCCCGAGUGUCCGGCAGGUUGGAAUGGCCUGUGGAUCGGUUGGAGCUUUGUCAUGCACACUGCUGCCGGAGCGGAGGGCGGCGGCCAGUCUCUGGCUAGUCCAGGUUCGUGUCUUGAAGACUUCAGGGCAACUCCAUUCAUAGAGUGCAAUGGUGCCAGAGGCUCGUGCCACUACUUUGCCAACAAGUUCAGCUUCUGGCUGGCCACAAUCGAGGAGCGAGAUCAGUUCUCAGCACCGAGAUCUGAAACCCUGAAGGCUGGAAAUCUGCGUACCAGGGUCAGUCGCUGCCAAGUGUGCAUCAAAAACAAUUAAGAUGCGUACAUAUUGUAGUUAUCCCACAGCGAAUUAUAAUAAGGGAGAAAAUUAAUCAACAACCACUCUCCUUUACACUUGUCAUAGCAUGUAAUGCUAAUCAAUUCACAAUACAGUAG